UCAUCCAUGCAUUCAGGUUUGCCAAAGUAGACCUGAAAGACCAACUCUCCAAUUUACGCUCAAUACCCGUUUGUACACCGAUAUCUGACAAAGUUGCCGUCAGGAUGAUUGCGUGGAGUUCUCAACCAUAUUUAUCAUUGCUGGUUACAUUCCCAGCUAUUCCUUUCUAUGCUCUUGUUUUCUUCAGUGACGUUUUGAAACGGAUAUCUAAUGAUAUCAAUAAUUUUCAGUCUUCUUCAUGUUGUGUUCUAGGGAUUUCUUUAUGUGCUGUUUCCUUGGCGCUUCGGGGAUGUUGUUCAGCGGUAUUUGGAGGACUAUAGAGUUGGCUGGUCGACUGAUUGAUUGGCCUCAUAGCCGCCUGAGUUUUGUUCAUGAUCUUCUGCCAUUAGGCAGACGGACUUGACGACCAUGAUGCUUUUAAUCUGGCUUUCUCGUCUCUGGAGUCGCCCCUUAUCCUCGUUCACCAGUUCCUGCUUCGAGAGUUCUGUUCCCAGUUGUCUUCUAUGUUGGGAUCAGACAAUGACAUCGUUCUCAGACUUGUGUCCGUGGUGUAUGCAGAGGUCCAUUGAAUGGAUGCCUGGGAGCAUUUGGCAGAGAGACAUAUUACCGGGCCAGGACGCGUCCAAGGGCGUUGAUGUCAAAUUGAGAUGGACAGGGAGAUGGAUCGGGCAUCGAGGUCGCAACCCUUCAUGUACAUACAUAUAUAUGUACCUACACAAAGUGAAUUUCCAACAAGCAUACCAAGUCUUCGACAUCAUUUUAAGCAUGUCUGCUGAGCCACAAGAGCUGCUGCUACUUUGCGACAAUACCAGAUUCGUCCAACCAACAAAGAUUAUGGCAUUGGCCAUGUAUUUGCAUACCGGCUGGCAGUAAAUCGCGUUGUUAAGAAGCAAGCAUUGCUGACGUCCUCGUCU